GUCCUCCCAUUCUCACCACGCAUGCGGUGUGCAGCACGGCGAUCGGCAGUGUGCUGUGUCCCUCGGACACAGUGGAUCACCGAUCACAGAAAGAGCCGAAGAUAUCGGCUCAGUCAUGUGAUCAGCUGUGUCCAAUCACAGCUGAUCACAUCCCCAGCAGUGCCACCUGUCACUGUCCAUCAGUGCCUUGUGUCAGUGCUCAUCAGUGCCUCGUGCCAGUGCCCAUCAGUGCCGCAUCAAUACCACAUAUCAGUGCCUACCAGUGCACAUCAAUGCCACAUAUCAGUGCCCAUCUGAGCUGCCUUUCAGUGUCACCCAUCAGUGCCAGUCAGUGCCACCUAUCAAUGUGAAUCAGAGCCACCUAUCAGUGCCAAUCAGUGCCGCCUAUCAGUAUGCAACAGUGCCACCUAUCAGUG